GCGCACACCUCCGGCAGGUCACACGAGUUUAUUUCCAGCGUCUGUUGGAGACGUGUUAAGGUUGCGUUUGCACAGCGUGGCCAAGCAUUGCGACACUGUAACGAUGGAUCCCAUGGACUUUGUGGAUUCGAGUUUUUGAGGAAAGCAGAACACCGACUUUUGAAACUCAACGGCGACGUUUGAAAUGUUGCUGCGUGGUUUGUCGGUAUUUCCAGGCAGCCAUCGACAACCCAAGCCAGGCUAGUGUAGCUAGGUAGCAGCCCGGCUAGUUAUCGUUAGCUAGGCUCUCUGCUGUCUAAGCGCAUUGUAGUGUUGACAGCGUCUUUAUUAGCUCGGUUUGUUUGUAAUUUUCUGAUAAAGACAUUUACAGCUUGCCAGGUUUGCAACCAGGCUGUAGUUUUCAGAUACCGAUAGGGCGGUGUAAAAGCUGAGCUAACGCUAAUCUUAGCCACUAAGGUGCAUUGACAACUACUUGUAAGUGAAUGUUAAUGUAACUUAUCCUUCACAAAGUACAAAUUUUGAUAUCUAUUACGCAUAUAUCAAACAAACUCGUUUGAACCGGUGCUGAAAUGCACCGCUGAUACCUACGUUUGACCAGGAGCUCACGUCGCACUACGCUACAGUCACAGUGUUUUGGCUGACAUGGCAGCGAGCGGAUACUCUGACCUCAGGGAGAAGUUGGAGUCCAUGACUCCGCACGGGGACGAGUACAAAAAUAAAUACGUGCACGGCACAAGUAAUGGCAGCGAGAAGGGCCGAAAGCGCAAGUACCGAGAGUCCGACGAUGACGAGUACGAGCACAGCGACGACAGCGCGGAGCUCCGGGAGCAGGAGGCCCACAGGGUGAGCAGCAGCAUCCAGCAGAAGAGCAUCUUCACGGCGGAGGAGUGCGCCCUCAUCGAGGAGAAGAUCGACCAGGUGGUGGCUAAAGCAGAGGCUGGACUUUACCGCGAGCACACCGUGGACAGGGCGCCGCUCCGCAACAAGUACUUCUUCGGAGAGGGCUACACGUACGGAGCCCAGCUGGAGAAGCGAGGACCGGGCCAGGAGCGGCUGUACCGCAAGGGAGAGGUGGACGACAUCCCCAGCUGGGUGCACGAGCUGGUCAUUAACCGCCUGGUGUCCGAUGGAGUCAUCCCAGAAGGGUUUGUCAACAGUGCAGUCAUCAAUGAUUAUCAGCCAGGAGGCUGCAUCGUGUCCCAUGUGGAUCCACUGCACAUCUUUGCAAGGCCCAUCGUCUCAGUGUCAUUUUUCAGUGAUAGCGCGCUCUGCUUCGGCUGUCGCUUCCAGUUUAAACCAAUACGCGUUUCUGAGCCCGUGUUUGUCCUACCUGUGAGGAGAGGCAGCGUCACAGUACUCAGUGGCUAUGCAGCAGAUGAGAUCACUCACUGUAUCAGGCCCCAAGACAUCAAGGAACGGCGGGCAGUUAUCAUCCUCAGAAAGACAAAACCGGAUGCUCCUCGACUGGAUUCCUACAGUUCUUUAAGUUCUUUCCCUGCAGAGAGAUCUACUCAUUUGAAAGCCAAACGUUCGCGUCGCAAAGCAGACCCUGAUGCUGCUCACAGGCCAAGGGUUCUGGAGAUGGAUAAAGAGGAAAACAGACAUCCUUCACUUUCUCGUCACCACAGCAUUGGUUCAGAAAAUUACUGGAGACGAGAGCAGGACCACAACAAGCACCGGCAGAGUUCAGGACGCAAAGUCAAAAUAAGACGCCAAUGAGCUCCCUUGCGUCAAACAUGUACUCACAUAAUAUAUGGUUCUCUAUGUAUUUCAGUAGUACCUCCUCUUUCUUUCUUUGAUCAGACAGUUUCUUGCUCCAGACUUAGUCUGGCACAGGAAGCACAGUUAUGUUGUCUAGAUCCGUUUGAUUGUAUAUUUGUGUUUGGCAGAUGAAACUGAAAGUUAAUGGCUGCAGUUAGACUCUGUUGUUAAACUCUUCAAUUACCUUAAAUUAAACAAUCCUUGUUGCUAUGUUCAUAGAUUCUUCAAAAUAGCAUGUAUUUUUUGUAACCAAGAUGUACAGACCUUAAGCGCUAAAAGGAAGUUGCAGGUAUGGACUUGUAUAAAACCUGAUCUGUAAUCUAACUUGUUAUAAUGUAAAAUAUGCUUGUAUAGUCUUUGAUUGGAAAACUUUUAUGAAGACUGAAAUCUUUGUGUUUUUUUUUCUCACCAAAAAUGUCUGACCCCUACCUUUACUGUGCCAUCCCAGAUAGUUGCUGUUUAUACUUUCAGCUACAGUUUUAAUUGGCAACAGCUGGAUAUGCAAACAUGAAGUUGUCAUUUGACUUGGGUGUUUGUCACAAUUUGGUGGAACAACAAAACUGAUUUAAGUGAGAUACUCAGGCCUGUUUUAACACUUCUCUUUUAGCCUGAUGUUGCUUUACCUUAUAUUUUGUGACAGAGACCAUGUUAUUGCUGUUCUCUAAUAAAUAUAAUUUUCCUCAUUUAAAUUGGGUGCUUUUUGGAGACAACUAAAACUUAAUUGAGCAAAUCCAGUUUCUAUUAUGGCUUGUUUAGUUUAGGUCUAAACACUACUGGGAAGAAGCCUAAUUUCCAGAUGUAUUAGUCCCUGAGGUUUGAUGUGUAAACAAAUGCAUUUGUUUCUUGCUCUGAGCCGUAUUUGGCAGAGGUACUCAUUAGCUGUCUGCUGUGUUAGAGUUACACAUGAACAGAAAUAAACAGGAGAAAUUACUUUCUAAAAACA